AAACCAAUCACCCUUACAUGAUUCCAACCCCUCUUAAACCCUAGCAAGUCAUCUUCCUCACUCAAAACCCUAGCUCAUUUCUUUCUUUCUUUCAACUAAAUUGUAAAAUUUAAAUUUAAAACAUUAAAUUAACAAUUAUCAACAUGGCAUCAAUGCAAAUUAAAAAAAAUUACCGGAGCGUGCCGUCGCUACAGCAAUUCUACAGCGGCGGACCGUUCGCAGUCUCGUCGGACGGUUCAUUCCUCGUCUGCGCUUGCGGCGAGGCAAUUAAGAUAGUUGAUACUGCAAAUGGUGCCGUUAAGGGGACAAUUGAAGGCGACACGGAGGCCGUUACAGCUUUGACACUUAGUCCUGAUGAUAAACUGCUGUUUUCUGCUGGUCACAGUAGGCAAAUUAGGGUUUGGGAACUUUCUACUAUGAAAUGCGUGCGGUCUUGGAAGGGACACGAGGGACCGGUGAUGGGCAUGGCUUGCCAUGCGUCUGGCGGUUUGCUUGCAACUGCAGGAGCUGAUAGGAAAGUUCUUGUUUGGGAUGUUGAUGGUGGCUUCUGUACUCAUUUCUUUAAAGGUCAUAAAGGGGUUGUUGCCACUGUUAUGUUUCAUCCUGAUGGUACUAAGAUGCUUCUUUUCUCUGGAAGUGAUGAUGCCACUAUACGAGUUUGGAAUCUUGUAUCCAAAAAGUGUGUAGCAACAUUAGAUAAACAUUUUUCAACAGUGACCUCUUUGGCAGUAUCUGAAGAUGGGUGGACAUUACUCAGUGCAGGAAGAGAUAAGGUGGUGAACUCGUGGGACCUCCAUGACUAUGUCUGCAAGAUUACAAUUCCAACUUAUGAGAUGGUGGAGUCACUUUGUAUUGUUCAUUCUGGAAGCCAGUUUUCUUCAAUUUUGGGUUCAUACAGUCAGCUGACUAGGAAAAGCAGAAAGGGUUCUUCAGAAAUGUAUUUCAUUACAGUUGGUGAACGUGGGAUUGUACGUAUAUGGAACUCAGAAAGUGCAGUGUGCCUUUACGAGCAGAAGUCCUCAGAUGUAACUGUCACUUCGGACACAGAUGAGUCAAAAAGAGGGUUCACUGCUGCUGUGAUCCUUCCUUCAGAUCAAGGAUUCCUUUGUGCGACUGCCGACCAGCAAUUUUUAUUCUAUUCACCAGUGGGGCAGCCUGAAGAGAAGUUCAAGUUAGAAUUGAGCAAGAGGCUUAUUGGUUACAAUGAAGAAAUUCUGGAUAUGAGGUUUUUGGGCGAGGAGGAGAAAUUUCUUGCUGUUGCCACAAAUAUUGAACAGAUUCGAGUGUAUGACUUGGAGUCUAUGUCCUGCUCCUUUGUAUUGCCAGGUCAUUCUGAAAUUAUUUUGUGCCUUGACACCUGUGUAUCAAUGUCUGGAAGGACGCUUAUUGUAACAGGAAGUAAGGAUAACACUGUAAGAUUGUGGGAUUCAGAAAGCAGAACUUGCAUUGGUGUCGGAACGGGUCACAUGGGAGGUGUUGGUGCUGUUGCAUUUUCAAAGAAGGGAAAAAAUUUCUUUGUUAGUGGUAGCAGUGAUCGUACCAUGAAGGUAUGGAGUUUGGAUGGCAUCUCAGAUGUUGUUGACCAGCCUGUUAAUUUGAAAGCAAAAGCAGUUGUGGCAGCUCAUGAUAAAGAUAUAAAUUCAAUCGCAGUUGCACCAAAUGAUAGUUUAGUUUGUAGUGGGUCUCAGGACCGGACUGCCUGUGUGCGGAGGCUUCCAGAUCUAGUAUCUGUAGUUGUACUUAAAGGGCAUAAAAGAGGAAUUUGGUCUGUAGAGUUCUCACCAGUUGAUCAAUGUGUCAUUACAGCUUCUGGUGAUAAGACAAUUAAAAUAUGGGCUAUAGCUGAUGGAUCUUGCUUAAAAACAUUUGAAGGGCAUACAUCAAGUGUUUUAAGAGCAUCAUUUCUUACUCGCGGCACCCAAUUUGUUUCAUGUGGUGCUGAUGGUUUGGUAAAGCUAUGGAUUGUAAAGACAAAUGAAUGCAUAGCCACAUAUGAUCAACAUGAGGAUAAGGUUUGGGCCUUGGCUGUAGGGAAACAGACAGAAAUGUUUGCCACUGGUGGCGGUGAUGCCCUUGUUAAUUUGUGGUAUGAUUCAACUGCUGCGGAUAAAGAGGAAGCUUUUCGUAAAGAGGAGGAAGGGGUUUUAAAAGGUCAGGAAUUGGAAAAUGCUUUGGUAGAUGCUGACUACACUAAAGCUAUACAAAUAGCAUUUGAACUUCGCAGGCCUCGUAAACUUUUUGAGUUAUUUGGGGAACUUUGCAGGAAGAGAGGUUCUGUCAAUCAGAUAGAGAAUGCUCUUCGCGCUUUUGGAAAUGAAGAAAUCCGUGUACUUUUUGAGUAUAUUCGUGAAUGGAAUACAAAGCCAAAGAUGUGCCAUGUUGCACAAUACGUUCUCUUUCAAAUUUUUCAAAUUCUUCCUCCAACAGAGAUUCUUGAGAUAAAAGGUGUUAGGGAACUUCUUGAAGGUCUAAUCCCAUAUUCCCAAAGGCAUUUCAGCAGGGUAGACCGACUUGUAAGAAGCACAUUUUUGUUGGACUAUACUCUAACUGGAAUGUCAGUUAUUGAGCCAGAUACUAAAGAUGCGGAACCUAAUUAUGAAUCUCACGAAUCCUCUAAUGCUAAGAACAAAGAAAGCUUGGUCUUAACAGAUCAAGCUGAGGAAGAGCAGCAACCAACUCCAGAAUCGUUUGAAGAGAAGGUUCGAUCAAAGAAAAGAAAAUCGAAGAAAGCUACAGAUGGUUCACAUAAGAAAGUCAAGGGCACAGCUUACACAAGUGUAGCUGCAAUUUCACUGCCGGCAUAGAACAGUUGAGGAUUCUUGUACUCCGUCACAGCUGCAAUUUUGGUUACUUGGAGAUUAUGCUCCGGGGGUCAUGGAGAAAGCAAUUUUGGCCGUGUAAAUCAUAGAAAAUCUCUUCCAUUUUCCUCUCAAGCAACAAUGUAGGAUCCUCAAAUUGUUUCAUAGAUAUAAUUUAUUUGAUUCCUGGAACUCCUUGUAACAUAGAUAUUGUAAGGAAAUUUUAUGUAUCCCUACAAGAGAGUGAUCAGUAUACUUUAAAUUUGUGCCUUCUUACA